AGGGCUCGCGGUGCUGGACUCGGACUCCGGGCCGUGGGAAGAAGGGGGCACUGUUGUCACUCACCGCGGCUGUACGUCGGGCUUUUGUCCAAGAGAAAUGGCCGGGAUUAAAGCUCUCAUCAGCCUGUCCUUCGGAGGGGCCAUUGGCCUCAUGUUCCUCAUGCUCGGAUGUGCCCUCCCCGUGUACGACAAAUACUGGCCGCUGUUCCUCCUCUUCUUCUACAUCCUCUCUCCCAUCCCUUACUGCAUCUCGCGGAGGGUGGUGGACGAUACAGACUCGGCCAGUAACGCCUGCAGAGAGCUGGCCAUCUUCCUCACGACGGGCAUCGUCAUCUCAGCCUUCGGUCUGCCCAUAGUCUUCGCCAGAGCUGAAGUUAUCGAAUGGGGGGCGUGUGCGCUCGUGCUAACAGGUAACCUAGUCAUCUUCGGGACCAUCCUGGGCUUCUUCCUCAUCUUCGGAUCCAACGACGACUUCAGCUGGCAGCAGUGGUAAAGCAGCAGAGGGAGAGAACACCUUAGUCGGAACUGUUUUUAUUAGCGUUAUUAUUAUGAUUAUUAUGGUAUUGCUGUUUGGUUAUUGUUGUUGCUAUUUAUAUGACGACCACCACCACCACCCAUCAAUAGACUCACUCCAAACCAGUGCAAUACAUUGUUCUUUUUAUUUGAUUCUUUUUAUCUUUAUUUCUACUGCCUGCAUUUUGUCAAACUGACAUUAGUGGGAUGAAAACUACUGAUCCUCAGCUGGACUUUUCCUCAUUUUGAGUCUUGCUUAUUUGACGUCUGUGUUAGUGAGCUUCUAUUAUGAGCAUUGAAAUGAACAAAAAAUCCAAUCAAAACAUGUGAUCUGACUAAAAGGACAGGGUUAAUAUGGCUUUCUUCUUCCUGAUGAUUUUGAUGCUCUAAAAAUGCUGUGAAGAAGCUUUUCUGACACGUAGAGCUCAGAUGUUAGAUGUGACAGUUAAUCAGCAGGAAACUGAUGUUAAGUCUUAGACUUAGUCUCUUUUAUGAAAAAGCUCCCUCUUCGUUGGACACGGACUUCAUAGCCUGGAUGUGUCUGUCGAAAGUGUACAAAUUCAGCUGGUAGAGUGUAGAUUUUUGUCCUCUCAACGCUACGAGCACUAAGCUGUGAAACUUGGCAAACAAGCCGGUGUGUGUGUGUGUGUGUGUGAAAGAACUGCCAUCAGCCAUGCACGUCUUUUAGACCCCUUCAAAUGUGUAAAUGUAAUUUAAAUCUGCUAUUUCCAGAGAUGUGACCUUUCUUUCUCUCUCUCAUUGCAUAAAAAGGAUAAAAAGUGUUAGUUUUCGCUGUCACUUCAGAGGUUUUUUUUUCCUCGGGCCUCUGGGAUGCAGGCAGCAUAUUGUCUGUGUUAUUUCUUUUGUACAUCUGAUAGUUGGGGUUAGCCUUGCACUGUCAGGUCAAGAAAGCAUUAAAGGUUUGUAGUAGCUGCCAGGCUAGCACGGGAUUAGCUCGAGGACAGCAGCCAAGCUAACGUAAGAGCCGGGGCUGCUUAUAAAAAAAGGCCCGGUCAGCCGCUAACAAGCCUUAAGCUUGUAAAUGUGACUACUAGUCUGCUCUGACUCUUUCAAAGUAAGAGUCCACAGUUAGUUAAACACAUUAGUUCCAGAUCGGUCGAUUGCUCGCGCCGCCGUGUUUCGUCACACCAGCAUUUCCAGGGUAAAAAAAAGUGAUGUUUUCCUGUUUUACUUUUCAUUUUAAAGUUUAGUUCCUCAGUCUGUGUCUGCAGGAAGUUUUGGAUCCGUUUUGCUGUUAAGUUUAACUGCGUUUUCUCUCUUUUUGUUUUCUUUUCUUUGGAUAAUGAUGUUUAGGAGUAAUGUUCUCUUUGGAAGAUAAGAUUUUUCUCAUUUGUCUUGUAAACUGACCAGUAAAGUGCUAAUUUCUACUAUUGUUAGUCAAUAAUUAAACAGAAAUGUUAAGUUGACUUAAAUUUAAGACCAAGAGGAGCAGCAAAUAUGCCCUAAAACAUCCAUUGAUUGAUUAGAUUUGUCCAACAGAUAUACAGUUAUUAAAAACACACCUUAUACAAAUCACAAGUGUGUUGGAAGUCUAGUUCUCUCUCAGAUCGCUUGAUUUACGUCAUGUUUAAAUUGUAAUUAUGGAAUUAUUCAUUAAUUACGACAAAAAAGGUGUUGCCUACCCACUAAUCUUUUCUAGAAGGAUGUAUCACCUCUCAGCUCCAGCGCCACAGAAAUGAGACUGUCUGUCUGUCUUCAUUGGUCGAAGAAAGCUCAUAAUUGUCAGAUUGUUUAUUUAAACGGAACAGAAGGUGAAUGUUUUACGUUGGGUGUUUCCAACUUCAAGCAGAAUGUUUUUAAAGGAGAGAAAAACAUUGGAAAUUGGCCGAAACUUCACUUGAAACUGACAUUUUGUUUUUCCGUCUCGUAUUUGAUUCUUCCAGAGUUCAUCCUGACCUCAGUUUCGGCAGCUUUUCAGUAUUUUGUUUUUAUUAAAAGAAUGCUAAUGUUGAAAACUACUGACAUGAUUUGUGCAUGUUGUCAUGUGACUGACGCCACACUGAAUCAAAAACAAAACCGCUAACAGUAACAGUAGAUUUACCCACUGGUGGUGGUGGAGAAGUGUGUGUCUGUGGACCGAUGUCUGAUGGACGUAUGAAUUUAAAGCUGAAUUUUGUCUCUUGACUCUCUGUGUGACGUGACGGAGCACGGCGUGGAGCUGUGGGGCGAGUUUCUCUGUGAUGUUACAUUUUUAUGUUUUUUCCUCCGCUGGGGCAGGAUGUUGUAUUUAUUUAUUUUAAAUGAGACGCUUUGUGUCAAUGUCCAAAGCCAUUUUCUAUCUCCAACUAUUAUGUUAAUGAAGCAGCAGUUAUGCAGUUAGCAUGGUGGGUUUCUUUUCCCUUUUUUUUUUUAAAUAAAGGCCAAUUUUGAACAUC